GUUUUGAUACGGGCGAUAAAUUGUAAAUUUUAUUUUAUUAAAUUUUUCAUGAAAAAUUUAACAUGAAAGUUCAACUUCAAAUCCAUUGUUAUUUUUCUUCUUAAUAUUUAUAUCUAUAAUUAGUAAAUGCAUUAUAUAAUGAUAAAAGUGUAUUUGUAUCUAAUAAAAUAAAUGAUAUUUUAAAUUACCUAAUAUGAGAAAAAAAUCUCUGUUAACAUUACAUUAAAUACUGUUAUCCACAAUUCAUGAUGAUAUUUUCUAAAACUGCAUUAUCAUUCCUGUGUUUCCUCUUAAUAGUGUCUAUUUUUCUGGCAAGUUUAUUUAAUAGAAUAUCAACAGAUCAUAACUUUUAUAAUGAAAAUAAAUUUGAAGGAGAAAAUUUUACAAAUUACCUAGGAAAGAAAUAUGGACAGAUUACUCAUACAAACAAUAACCUUGUAUGGUUUCUUCAGAUAUCUGACAUACAUAUAAGUAUAUUCCGGGAUCCUGGAAGAAUAUCACAAUUCCAACAAUUCUGUGAUGUAACGGUAAAAAAUAUCAAGCCACUUCUUGUGCUAGCCACCGGAGACCUCACUGAUGCUAAAGCUAAAGAUAAUUUAGGAAGCUCGCAGGUUAAGUCUGAGUGGGUGUAUUACUACAAUAUUAUAAACGAGUCGGGAAUAUUGGGUCAAACAACCUGGUUAGAUAUAAGAGGAAAUCAUGAUAAUUUUAAUAUCGGGACAAUAAAUUCACAAGAGAAUUAUUUUAGAAACUUUUCCGUUCAAGGAAGUAGUCAUGCAAAAUCUUAUGUGUAUUAUAAGCAGCAUAAUGGUGUAAAUGUCGCAUUUUUGGGUAUUGACGCAUGUCCAGAACCCGGUUUGAGAAGACCCUUUAAUUUUAUUGGAAUUUUGGAUGGGCAAGAGCAGCAAAAAAUACAAAAACUUAAAACAGAAGCUGAGAGUAAGGCAGACCAUAUAGUGUGGUUUGGUCACUACCCGACAUCUUGUAUUCUAUCCCUACAUUUGGAAUCACCAUCUUUAGACAUCCGUGAUCUUAUAGCAGCAGCACACGGUUCACAAGUGUAUGUGUGUGGUCAUUUGCACGCUAUGGGUGGGCUUGUCCCUAGAAUGUACACAAAACAUAAAAAAGGCUACUUAGAGCUUGAAUUAGGCGAUUGGAAAGACAAUAGAAUGUAUCGACUUGCUGCAAUAGACCACGGAAUGUUUUCUUUUGUUGACCAGAAACAUAAUACCUGGCCUGUUGUGCUGGUCACUAAUCCGAAGCACGCUAAAUAUGCAAUGCCUGGCAGAGAACCCCUGCAUCUGAUCCCUGAUUCGACCCAUGUUAGAAUACUUGUAUUCAGCGAUGUUGACAUUGAUAGCGUGAAAAUUUCCUUUGACAAUACCUCAUGGUCUGAUUGUAAGUUACAAAAACUACCAUUAUAUACAUGUGAUUGGCAGCCACAGACUCUUUUGACAGGAUUACAUAAUUUGUAUGUGAAAGCGAUUGACAAAAUGGACAGAGAAGCAAAUAUUGUUCAUCCAUUCUCGCUAGAUGGUAGUGUGAUGAAUUUUGAAAUCACACCAAGGAUAUUACUAAUGUUAGAUGCGGGUGUUGUAUUUCAGGCAAUAUUUGGGACACUGCUAAUGUUAAAUGUGAUACCUCUCGUAGUUUUGCGUUUAAUAAAGUGUCCACCAAAAUACCGCAGAAGGUGUGGUCGACAAAUUGUAAGAAGAGUGUGGCUGUUGAGUAAAAUAGACAGAGUCUUUUAUCCGAUUGUUUUAUAUGCAGCAUAUUUGCCAUUUGGGCCGUGGGCAAUUGGGGAGCUUAUUGAUGGCUACAUAGGUGCUAUAUUCGCUUGGGGAAUCAUCAUAAAGGGUGCAUACUUACCAGAACCGUUCACAUACAUGUACGGAAGUGUUCAGCUAAUGUUUGUGCAAAUUCCACUCAUAUUCGUGCUAGCCCACUGCCUGCAGACUAGAUUGAUGAAUCAAUGCACUACGAGAGUGAAAUAUAUCAUAAAGAAUUUGCCGUUUAUAUUUCUUUUGACCAUACAACUGCUGCUAGCAUAUUUCUUUUGGCUUGAAUACGGCACCAUAUCAUUUCUGUUCAGUCCUCUGAGGACAUGGAGUGUUGGUAUGAGUUUAUUGUUGUGGUACAAGACUCUUACACUGACACCGGAUUACUGCAGACGUUUGCAAAAAUUAAAUGAACUAUCAUAAGGAUUUAAUGAUAAGAAGUUGUUUGACGCGUCGACGCUUCACGUUACACACAAAAGGCUGUAAAAUAUUAUAGUCACGCUUUCAAAUCGUAAGUUAUCGUAGUGUUCACCAAAGAUUAAUUAAUUAAUUAAUUCAAUUGACUGAUGUCAUUCCAAGUGAUUUCUUUGAUUUAAAAUGUGACCGAAAUGUGAUAAACUGGCGACUUAUUCAUUGAACUUUCAAUGUGUCACUUCAAUACAAAAAAAAGUAAAGUGAAAAAUUGUGACCUCAAAAAUUUGUCACUUUGAAAUGUAAAUUAAUUCUCCAUACAUAAUUCUCAUCCAUGAAUAUCACAAAAAAUAGUAUAUGUUACGUUCAUAAAAUGUUGGAGCGGUAUUGCCAAUAUCGUGGUCUCGCUUACUCGGGUAAUUUUUGUCUUGUCAAUUGCAACCUGUUUCUAUCUACCGUGUGUAGAUUGAAUCAAACUGUUUCAAAUAAAUUGCUAAAACGUAAAUUUUACGUAACUUUUAAUAUAAUUUAAUGAGUAAUAAUAAUUGUUUAUAGAUGAAAUUUAUUUUUUUGGCAAAUUCAAUGAAUAAGAAGAACAGUGAUGCUUUUUGUGCUUGGACCAAUUAACCACUGACGCGCAACGUCAUGUCAGUGCCGGAUUUAGAGGUCUGGGGGCCUCGGGGCUACAAAAGAGGCCCCCAUAUCAUUUUCAAAUUUUCAUAAAAUGGACAAUUUUCAAUAAAUUAUUUCUUGUGAAACCAUGUGCCUAUAGAUGCUUUUAUUAUUAACCAAACAAAAAAUUCAAUCGGAAUCAAGAAUUAUCUGUAAUUAAAUUAAUUUUGCGCAUGCGAACGGAACCUUCCGAGCUUUUUGCCGAAAAAUCGUUGAUGAUAUCAUCGAUCGAUGCGAAAGCUUUGAUAGACAAUUUUGUCCCGUCGUGGCUCAAACCCUCUUUUUAUAGUUUUCAUUUAUGAAAAUUAGGGUUCUCCAGUGCAAUAAGAUACCAUGCAAUUUCAAGAUUUGGGAAUGUAUCUCUGAAACUAUGAUCUUCGAGAAUUUGGCAGUAAAACAGUUCCGGAGAUUGGUGUUUUCCGUAGUCUUUUUGUAUGAUUCGAUCAAAGUCAAAUUUUGGUAAGAGAAACACAUAGCUGGUCGACUACUUGGAUAAAGGCGGAUACUUUGUAUUUCGCUUAUCAGAGCCAUUUGAGAUUUUGAUAUUUGACUGAUUGCCUGAUUGGAGUGAACAGAUAAUAGAUCGAUGAUCCGAUGUUUGUACAAAAUACUGUAGGUUAAAGUAAAACUCGAAAAAGACAUCAAAGGAAAAGUUGUUUACUAUAAAUGUAGUGAGUCUAAUUUUUUUUUUCGAAGUUUAUUUAUCGGGGACAACUUAUGUGGAGGGUCCGGGGCUGUAGCUCUGGUUUUGUUUGAUUUAGGGUAGGGCACCCUAAAUCCGGCCCUGCGUUGUGUUGACCUUUAUCCCUAUAGCAAUAUAACAUGGCGCUGUCAGUACAAUGUGAGAUCUCGAACUGAAACAAUGUAAAAGUGUGUCAAUAUAAUAGCGAGCAAUCAAAAAAUGUGUCGUUUCACGUGUUAGUACAAUUUUAACAUUCUUUAGUAGCGAUUUUUUCGUGAAACAUAUUUGUUAGGUAUGUAAGUUCUUCAUUUUGGUUGGAUUAUAUGAUUUACAUUAUUACAGAAGAAUUAAAACGUUGAUUAUUAUUAAUUAACGCGUUUCUACUACAUAAAGCAACCAUUUAAGUAAUUCCCAGAACACAGCAGUGUAUCAAUAGAUAUAACAUUGAUGCCAAACCACACACAUGACACAGAUAUAACACGGAAUAGGUAUGGCUUGCAUUCUAACAUCACAUUCACUUGUCAUGGUUAUUUUGUAUAAAGGUUGACAUGACUAGUGACAUUUUUGACAAUUUGACCCCUCAAUCCGCGAAAAUUUGUGGAUUGGGAUUCCAAUUAUUCUUCUCGAGUUUCGUGUCCAUUGGUUAAUUCGUCCAAGUGUUUGUGUAAAGGUCGGACCGCAUUAGAACAGCCCUGCGCUGCGCGUCGCUUCACGGUACCUAUCGCAUUAAAACUGCAGUAAGCGGCAGCUCGCUUCAUUUCUAUACCAGCUUCACGCAAGCUGAGCGUUAGUGUCGAGGAUUUGGUCAUUAUUUCUUUAUUGUGUGCAGAAGAAGAUUGAACGCAUCGUUGCACUGCAUGUCGCGGCACUGCGCAUCUAAAUAUUCUCUCUGAGCAGUGACCUCUACUAUAUACCACUGGAUUGGCGGCUGUUAAAGUGCUUUUGUACUUGUUGUUUGAUAUUCAACAUUUUGGCGCUGUUGGCCAUGUAGCGAGAGUCUGUGGUAAUAAAACUAGUGAUGACAACCUCAGCUAAACAAACCGAUAGGAAAACUAGGUACAAAAAAAAAUGUGUACUUUAUUACGUUGAUUCCUGAGAUAUAUAAAUAUAAAUAGGUAUAAAUACAUACACGGAAAACAACCAAAAUUAAUUCAAAAUGCAAAGUUACUUCAGAGUAUUGUACGCUUCUCUCGCAGCCAUUUGUAUUAUACGUCAAAAUUAGUUCUCAGGAAGUAUGGAACAGCCUGUCCAGUGGUUAAAUACCACAGAUCAGUGUCUCGGAAGCAACUAUGCCUCGCAGUGCAGCACCGCUCUAGUGCGACACGCACCAUACAAAUGAUUGAAACAAUAGUUUGCUAUUUUAUGCCCCGCAGUGCGGCGCUGCGUAGCGCUGUGGUAAUGCGGUCCGGCUCUUACCGUUAUCUCCUAAGUAUAUGCAAUUUAUAUACAAUUUAAUUUGAAUAAAAAAGAAGUAUUAAUUAAUUAUAAUAUACUAAAACAUAGGUAAUAAAUUAAAUAUAAACGGUUCUCGGCGAAAGGUCUAGUAUAUGUCUAGUGCGCUGCCCUCUAAAUUUGGGGUUGACACUGUGAAUGACUGAUAAUCGAUUGCAAUCGAGUAGCAUCGAUUGUUGUCAACUGAACUGAACAAUAUACUUAUUCGAUUCAUUUUAGUAAUAAUCACACAUGGAGCGUCCUCAACUGCCUUUCGCCAUAUUGAAUUUUAUGUGACGUCAUUUUAUUUUAAAAAGGUCUGAUUAUGAUAGAAUUUUAUUAUGACCUUUAUUUUAUAAUAUUACAGCCGUGUUGUACAAUUGUGAUAUAGAUAACCCAAUGAUGUAUAUUUUGAAUAUUAUUUCAUAUUAAGAAUGUGGUCUUUAAUUGUAGAAAGUACGAUAAUGUUUUUUUUUUUUAUAAAUGUGCUGUAUUUUGAAUACAAAGAUUUUAUUUUAUAACUGUACCUAUGUAUGUAGUAUGAAAAAAUCUGUUUUUUUGUUGAUGUAAAUAAUGAAUAUAAUACAUGUAUUUAUGAUGUU